CAGCGAGGUUCCUGGCGCUGCUUCCAGGCUCCUCUGCGGCGGGGCGGGUCCGGUUGCUGGCGCCGAGAUGCGCCCCGUGCUCGGCCUCCUCCUGGUUUUCGCCGGCUGCACCUUCGCCCUGUACUUGCUGUCGACGCGACUGCCCCGCGGGUCGACACUGGGCACAGCCAAGGAGGCUGGAGACAGGUCACUGUGGUUCCCCUCGGACCUGGCCGAGCUGCGGGAACUCUCCGAGGUCCUUCGAGAGUACCAGAAGGAGCAUCAGGUCUACGUGUUCCUGCUUUUCUGCAGUGCCUACCUCUACAAACAGGGCUUUGCCAUCCCUGGCUCCAGCUUCCUGAAUGUUGUAGCCGGUGCUUUGUUUGGGCCACGGCUGGGGCUUCUGCUGUGCUGUGUGCUGACCUCGGUGGGUGCCACGUGCUGCUACCUGCUCUCCAGUGUUUUUGGCAAACAGCUGGUGGUCUCCUAUUUUCCUGACAGAGUGGCCCUGCUGCAGAGGAAGGUGGAGGAGAACAGAAACAGCUUGUUUUUUUUCUUACUGUUUUUGAGACUUUUCCCCAUGACGCCAAACUGGUUCUUGAACCUCUCGGCCCCAAUUCUGAACAUCCCCAUCGUGCAGUUUUUCUUCUCUGUUCUUAUAGGUUUGAUCCCAUAUAAUUUCAUCUGUGUGCAGACGGGCUCCAUCCUGUCAACCCUGACUUCUCUGGAUACUCUUUUCUCCUGGGAAACUGCCUUUAAGCUGUUGGCCAUUGCCCUGGUGGCCUUAGUUCCUGGAACCCUCAUUAAAAAAUUUAGUCAGAAGGACCUACAUUUGAAUGAAACAAGCAACGCUCAUCAUCUAAAUAGUAGAAAGGACACCUGAUAUGGAUCCUUUGGUUGCCGCGUCCCUGGACUCUACUGUUUAUUUGUGUAAUGGGCGUGGUCCUCUGAAGCCCCUCAUUGUUUUUAAAUUAUUCUCAACAGGUGAUUUGGACACUAUUCUUCUGUGUGCACUGUCUUGUCCUGAAGGACACUCUGUGCUCUAGAAGGUGAAUUAUAUCAGGUUCUCAAACCAGCCCUGAUUUAGCAGGACACUCUGCAAAACGGAUGGCCUCCUAGCAAAUCCUAUUUAUAUUUUACUGAAUAACAAGGAACUCAGGCCAAGCCCUGAGCUGCUUCGGGAGAGGAUGCUGAUUGCCCUUGUCCAGGGUGCCUCUUCUGCACAGUGAUCAGCUGUUGUGACAGGUGUUAUCCUUUUACGUCCCUCGUGGACAUGAUUAGUGUAGAUAAUGACACGUGAACCCACAUCACUGACACCACUCUUCAUCUUGUUAGUCUCCUGAAGAGUGAUCCUUCUGCACUGUUUUGCUGAUGACCUACCUCUUCCAUAAAUCAGAGGAAACAAGCUGACAAACUGUAUAGAAUUUCCAUGUACAGCUCAAAAGCACAGUGAUUGCUGUGCUGCUCUUUGUGUUCAGACGCACUGAUGUUACCACAUAGGUCACAUCUCCUCUUGGUUGCAUGUCCUGACAAUUCAGCUGAUUGCAAACAGACUAUUGAAUAUCAAUGGAGCAAACUCUGUAUGUUAUGAAUAUAUUCUGGAGAAGUUCUUACCCAUCUGGAUGGGCAGAACCCUUGACUCACUUGAACCAAAUGACUGUCAGUACAUUUUCUAGUCUGUCUGUUCUGUGUGGGAAUCCCUCCUCUGUCUUGCUGGGACAAUGGAUCUAGUACACUCCAAUAUCAUCCAGUAUACCUCUGAAUGCUUUUUUUCAUUUUGUCAUUUCCUGAGAAUAACUGAGGGAUAAUUCUAUUUUAUCUUUUAUUUAUUUUUUUUUUGCAGUACGCGGGCCUCUCACUGUUGUGGCCUCUCCCGUUGUGGAGCACAGGCUCCAGACACGCAGGCCCAGCGGCCGUGGCUCACGGGCCCAGCCACUGCGCGGCAUGUGGGAUCUUCCCGGACCGGGGCACGAACCUGUAUCCCCUGCAUCGGCAGGCGGACUCUCAACCACUGUGCCACCGGGGAAGCCCCUAUUUUAUCUUUUAAUUCAGGUGAAUUAAGGGGAAAAUUUGGUUUUGGAUUAAUUUGUUGUGUUGUAUUUUAAUGAUCUGUGGCUGUCAUGGCUUCCUAUGGCUGCAGUAUUGAAUUGGCACAGACCUGUUCAUGCUUCCAAGGACAGAAGGGCCUUGGCACCUAAAAUGACCAGCUCUGGGAUCCUGUACCCUACAGGAGUUCUUAUCAGAACUGUUGUCCCUGGGCACCAUCUGCUGGGUUUUUGAUUUGGCUUGGCCAAGAAUCUUGCCAAGGCUUUAAUGUAGACCAGUUAUUCUACAUGAAUUCUUGGGAAUACUUCUGUUCAGUACAGAGAAUGAAUUUCCAAGCAGUGUUUUUUUGGACAUGGUAUAAUCCAAAAAACACAACAAGGACUUCAUUUUUAAGGAUGUGUUGCUUUAAAAGAAGCUUGAUAACAAGAGUGGGAGUGAGGAGAAUGCCAACUGGACUUGGGAAUCCGUGGCUCUUUGUGUUCUGAAGUAGGAGGAGGGAAGGGAGACACAAGGAAGCUCUCUACACUAUUGAAAGUAUGGCCCUUUGCCCUUUAUCCGGAUCCUUGGAUUUGUCUCUCUCCCAUCUUGCCCGUGAUUUUGCAACAAUGUGCCUUAUCAGUUGUGAGUUUACAGGCAAAGCAAUUUCCCAAAUA